AUGGAAGAAGGCGGUUGGCUCUGAUUCAGUGGACUCAGAAGGGGGCGAACCUUAGCUGACAGGCAUUAACUGGCAGCCAAACUGCAGACAUGUGUGGAAUCUUUGCCUAUCUCAACUACCAUGUGCCGAGGACUCGCCGUGACAUCCUUGAGAUCCUCCUCAAAGGCCUGCGACGUCUGGAGUACAGAGGCUACGACUCUGCCGGUGUAGGAAUUGAUGGCGGUAACGGCAAGGAAUGGGAGUCAAACGCCAAGUCUAUCCAACUGAUCAAGCAACGUGGAAAAGUGAAGGCUCUUGACGAGGAGAUCAACAAACAGGAGAAUAUGGACCUGGAUGUGGAGUUCGAUGUUCACCUCGGCAUUGCUCACACCCGCUGGGCCACCCAUGGUGUGCCAAGCCCAGUUAACAGUCACCCACAUAGAUCUGACAAGACAAAUGAGUUCAUUGUUAUUCACAAUGGAAUUAUUACCAACUACAAAGACCUGAGGAAAUUCCUGGAGAGCAAAGGCUACGAGUUUGAGUCAGAGACCGACACAGAGACAAUCGCCAAACUUGUGAAGUACAUGUACGAUAACCGGGAGAGUGACGACAUCAGUUUCGCCACACUGGUGGAACGGGUGACCCAGCAGCUUGAAGGAGCUUUUGCCCUGGUCUUCAAGAGUGUCCAUUACCCCGGGGAGGCAGUUGGCACAAGGAGGGGAAGUCCUCUGCUGAUUGGAGUGCGAAGUGAUCACAAGCUAUCCACAGAUCAUAUUCCUGUGCUCUACCGCUCCUCCGGUAAAGAGAAGAAGAGCUGCAGUGCUCUACCCAGGACAGACCAGGAUACCUGCCUGUUCCCUGUGGAUGAGAAAGCUGUGGAGUACUACUUUGCCUCUGAUGCAAGCGCAGUGAUCGAGCACACAAACCGGGUGAUCUUCCUGGAAGACGACGAUGUGGCGGCCGUGAUGGAAGGCAGGCUGUCCAUUCACAGGAUAAGACGGAGGGCCGGAGACUACCCAGCCCGCGCCAUCCAGACCCUGCAGAUGGAGCUGCAGCAGAUCAUGAAGGGCAACUACAGCUCCUUCAUGCAGAAAGAGAUCUUUGAGCAGCCGGAGUCUGUUGUCAACACCAUGAGAGGAAGAGUCAACUUUGAUGACAACACAGUGACACUCGGUGGACUGAAGGACCACAUCAAAGAGAUCCAGAGGUGUCGGAGACUUAUCCUUAUUGCCUGUGGCACCAGCUACCACGCUGGGGUAGCGACCCGCCAGGUCCUGGAGGAACUAACCGAGUUGCCUGUCAUGGUGGAGCUGGCCAGCGACUUCCUGGACAGGAACACACCCGUCUUCCGAGACGACGUCUGCUUCUUUAUCAGCCAGUCAGGGGAGACUGCUGACAGCCUAAUGGCCCUGCGCUACUGCAAGGAGAGAGGGGCUCUGACUGUGGGUGUCACCAACACAGUGGGCAGCUCCAUCUCCAGGGAGACUGACUGCGGAGUCCACAUCAACGCCGGGCCAGAAAUCGGAGUAGCCAGCACCAAGGCCUACACCAGCCAGUUUGUAGCCCUGAUCAUGUUUGCGCUGUUGAUGUGUGAUGACAGGAUUUCCAUGCAGCCCAGACGCCGUGAGAUAAUCCAGGGCCUGAGGGUGCUUCCAGAUCUGAUUAAGGAGGUCCUCAGUUUGGAUGAUGAGAUCCAGAAGUUGGCAACAGAGCUGUACCAGCAGAAGAGCGUGCUGAUCAUGGGCAGAGGCUACCAUUACGCUACCUGCCUGGAAGGAGCACUGAAAAUCAAGGAGAUCACGUACAUGCAUUCAGAAGGCAUCCUAGCUGGAGAGCUGAAACACGGUCCGCUGGCCCUGGUGGAUAAACUCAUGCCAGUCAUCAUGAUCAUCAUGAGAGACCACACCUACGUCAAAUGUCAGAACGCCCUGCAGCAAGUCGUCGCCCGACAGGGACGCCCCAUCGUGAUCUGUGACAAAGAUGAUUAUGAGACCAUCAAGAGCUCCAGCCGCACCAUCAAAGUGCCUCACUGUGUGGAUUGCCUGCAGGGCAUCCUGAGCGUAAUCCCUCUGCAGCUGCUGUCCUUCCACCUGGCGGUCCUCCGAGGUUACGAUGUGGACUGUCCAAGAAACCUGGCCAAGUCUGUGACCGUAGAGUGAACCGCACCAUUCUUCACCUAACGAAAGCCUGGCGGACACGUACAGACAGCAAAGGGGGAGCGUCUGUAUACAGAUACAGUACAAUUUCCUGUUUAUGUGUCCUAUGUCACGGCUCUUUUUAAGGCAAUCUUUUACUCAACAGUUGUGUAUCUCACUGUUGCAUAUUAUCUAUCUCACUGUCUAUUUUCUCGGAAACCUUUGGCAUCGUCGUCAUAUUAUUGUUAGAGAAGUUAUUCUGUAUUCUUCUGGCAAGGUCUGGGUUGGCAGUGAUACAUUUUCAUUUCUCUCUGUGUUUGUUAAUCUGUAACAAGUUUCUGCAUUGAUCUCUGCGUAAGCCCUCCAUGUUUAUUUGUGCUGAUUAGUCUCACUGGGAGCUGUUGACUGGCAGACAUUAGCUUUUAAAGACCUUACUGGCUCUUUUUUUCCUUUAGUGCAAUGAUUUGUAGUUUAGGUAGAAUAUUUUUCUUUGGCAGCUAAUCAUUUGAAGUGUCUUUACUCCACUUAAAUCAUUCCAAGCCACAGGUCUCCGCCUCAUAGUAAUUGCAGCACAGUUGGAUUUGCUUCUAAGUACACCCUAAUUACUGCAGGAGCUGCAUCGUAAGUAUGCGAUCUCCACCAAAGCCCAUGAGUACACUGUUGUGUGAAAUCGUCUUGAGCUUGUUCACAAUGUACGUGACACACCAUUCGGAUUUCAAACUCUGAUGUUGGUCGGCUCAGUUAAAGAGAAUAAGAGACUUUGUUUCUGUUACCUUACUCUGCUUUUAUUUUAAGUUCUUUAAAUCAUACUUUUACUGUAAAGCUUUUCGGGCACAGUUUAGUUUGAUUCUUUUGUUGACCUCUGUUGCCUAACAGCUCAUCAACAAGACCUUACUGCUGCUUUCCGGUCUUCAGUUUACAUUUAAACACUAAACUGAAGUAAUUCAAGUCGGAUGAAGUUAAUUAACUGAAGUAGAAGUUGCACAGCUGCCAGCCCACAUCCUGCCACGAUGACUACUGCAAUCACAAUAUUGGGACCAUUUGUAGCUAUUGUUUCUUUUCUUUUGUUACUUUUGUUUUAUUUUCUUAAAAGACAAUGAAUUUUAUAUUAUUGAAGUUACACUUUGAUUUGAAAUGUGAAUGUUACUGUCAUUUGAAAUGUCCUGUCAAACCAAAAAUCUUUACAAUGGCUUUGGCAGUUGUAAACCAAAACAUAUAUAUAUUGUAUAUGUUCAUCCUGUCGUUUUGUAGUCAAACAGGUACUGAUGCUGGUAGAUUGUGUCACAUGAAGACGCUUCAAAGCCUAAGAGAACAGAUACACAGUUAUGUGGCAGUAUGUCAAACUGUAGAUUUUUAUUUAGAUAGUCAGAUGCCAGCUGUGUGUUUCUGUGAUUCAAAUGUCUUUGUUUCAAAAGCCAAGGAGAGAGUGAAGAUGUUCGCAGACACAGUUGUGUAGUGAAGAAAUAGGAGCUGCUUCAGUUCAGUUUUUUUAUAGCCCUUCACAUAUUUUAGGUUAAAAUACAUUUAUCUUGCUUUUGCAAUCAAGCCUUAACUUCAAGUUUUUCUUCCCCCCCCAAACCUCACCAUUGAGCUUUUCCUCAGCGUGAAAGGCUUUGAAAACUGGAAAUGCUGUUACAGGUAUUUGUAACCCACAUAAAUGAGCAGACUUAUUUCUUGACUGGAGGCAACUGCACUGAAUCCUAGCAACAUUUGUAGAGUUACUGAUGGAGUGGGGGACUAUUUAUUAGUGGAACUGAUGCAAUAAAGUGUCAAGUACUUCUCUUUUUCAUGUGUCUGAGUUCAUUUGAUGAGAAGGUGCAGCGAUUCAGGACAUAAAAUGAUACUUUAUUAAAAUAAAACACACCUUUGCAACAAUAUUAAAAGUUUACAAAUCAUUUGAUACAUUUAUGUUUUAUGUACAUUAUAUACAAAGAGUUAAGAUACAUGAGACAUUCAAGGGCUGUUUAGGAGCGACGACAGAUCCCAAACAAUACCAAGCACCUGUGUGGAGUAAACCGUCAGAGUCUGUAAUGUGGACAGUACUGGUUUGAUGCAUCCAUAUGAAGUCACAAUGGUGGAGACAGUAGAUGUGAUAUUACUGCCCAGAUGUGGCAGGGUUGAUGGUGCCAAAUGGACGACAGUCAUGCA